AUGGCUGAGAAAAAAAGAGGCAAGAAAAGAAAAGAUGACUAUGGCCAUGCUGAAGAUAUCGAUGAUAAACCAACAAAAGAAGAAUUUACUAUUGGAAAAUGGAUGAGAAAAAAUGUUCUGAUUAAAAAAACAAAGUUCGCCAACCAUAAUGUGGAAUAUUUUACAGGUUCUAGGGCAGUUGAUGCCCUAUUGACAUCACCAUUCGCUACCAGAGAAGUCCCUUUGUUUAAAACUCGGGAAGAAAUAUGCGACUAUCUCCAUAUAAUGUUAAUACACAAAUUCUUCCAUCGAGCUCGCAAAGUACCAGUUGAUGAAAAUGAAUUAAAAGGAAAAAAAGGAAAGAAAAAAGACAAAGAAAAAGAAAAAAAGGCUGAGUCAGGUGAAGACGAAAAGGAUAAAAAUGAGAAGAACAAAGGGACAGAUGCUGAGAGCAGUGUUGUGGAAGGCUCCAAAGAUCAAAAGUCUGAGAAGGAAAAGCGAAAGAAGAAAAUCAGAUUGGAAAUGCAUUUUGAUCAAAGGUUCGAAGACAGCUUGGAUGCCUAUGUCUGGAUAUAUGACCCAAUUCCCUUCCAUUAUUGGAUAAUUGGUACUCUGUUGGUUCUUGGCGCCAUAGGAGUUUGCCUGUUUCCUCUGUGGCCUCCAUCAGUCAGGUUGGGAGUUUACUAUUUGAGUGUGGCUGCAGCUGGUUUUUUGGUAUCAAUAAUUGUUUUGGCAGUUAUUCGUCUAAUAGUAUUCUGCUUAAUAUGGUUCCUUACAAUGGGCAAACAUCAUUUGUGGAUAUUACCGAAUUUGACAGAGGAUGUGGGUUUCUUUGCGUCGUUUUGGCCUCUCUAUACCUAUGAGUAUAAAGGAAAUCAAAAUAAAAGUGAUAAAAAGUCGAAAAAGAAGAAAAAAGACAAGGAUUCUGAUGCGGAAGAUGAUAAAAAGGAUGAUGAAAAUACUGGAGGAGAUGCUCCACUCUCUUCGAAUUCGGGAGUUGCUGAAGUGUCAGAAGCUGACAAUACAGCUGAUGAACACCAAGCAGACAACAUAAAUGGGUCAGAAAGCGAGAGUGAAUCUAGCCAAAGAUCCAGCACUGGCAAAGAUUUCGAAAUGGUGGACCAAGAGGACAUAGAAUCCUAGUCCAUAGGACUUAUUAAUAAUUUUAAAUUUUAAUCUUCGUGCACAUUGUGGUAGAUAAAAAAAAAAGAAAAGAAAAACUAUAACUCAGUACGUUUUCGCAAUUUUGAACUUUAUUUUUUGUUUUGGUGUAGGUGAAAAUUGAAAACAUUACUUAAUUCCUGCUAAAUAUUUUACUGAAUUUUUAAAAUAAUUAAUUUGUAUAUACCUUAAAUAUGAAAAAUCCAAAAUAAGGGAUUAUUUCGGUAUUUUAUGCAAUUUCAGACAAAAUUAAAAUGAUUGAGUAAUGUUUUUAAUUAUGAAUGUUGAAUUUGCGAAAAAAUACUCUAUAUAAUAAAAUAUAUAGUACAGUUUUGAGUUCUGGCUGUUCAUGAUUUUAGAAAGGUAGUUAAUUUUUUUUAAGAUUUUAAUGGUUUAUAUUCGGGAUUUUUUAUUUAUUAUAUUUUAAACUCAUCCGGAAAGUUUGAACACUGAUUAUUAUAUCCUCACAACGUUUUACUUUAUAUACCAUCAGAUUUUCUGGGAGAAAAAUUUAAAAUAUUUCUUUUUCUGCUGAAACUUAUUUUAGAAAUUUUACAAGUAUAAUAUAAAAAUUGGAUCAAUAAAUAAUUGAACAAAAAAAAACGGGGGUAUCCAGACCAACCUGCUAUUUACAUUUUAAAGUACACAAUUUUUUGGGAUAUAUAUGUUACACCUCAUGCUGUGCACGUUUGGUGCAAUAUUUUCACAUCCCAAAAAUACUAUUUUUGAUAAAAAAAAUAAUUAGGUUUGUCAAUUUUUAAAACUAUAAAAAGCAAAUUACAGAUAUUUCUCUAUAUGCUGUUGACCGUUUUGGAUGCCCUUUUACAAAAAAAAAUUACAUGCAAAGAAAAUCAUUAAUCUAUUUACUUAGAGAUUUGACCAAAACUCAUUUAGUCUCGACAAAUGUUCUUAAAUACUUACAUAAGUAUUUGAACUUGUAUUUGUAAUAGUUAGGUUUUAGAAUCGACAGUGAUUUAGUUAAUAUACAGCAGUAUACCAUGUGGUAUUUUGAAUGAUUUUGAAAAGAGCAAGGUAGAGACACAAAAUAAUAUUUUAGUGAAUGUUGAAUUUUCAAAUACCGGCUGACAAUGGUAACAAUUAUUGAAAUUUAUUUUGACAAAAAAUUAAAGGAAAACUCCUUUUCAAAAGUAUCGCACCGUCACAGUCUUUCAAUUUUAUCUUGGCAAUACUAUAUCAGCAAAAAUCUACUCACUCUGCUCGAAGGUACAUUUCAAUGUAGCUUAAGCAGAUAUCGCGUGAAGUUUCCAAAGUAAAGUAAAUAUAAAAACCUGAAUAGUGCGAUAAUUUUGAAACGGAGUUUUAUAAAAACAAUCUAUUUGAUUGUUUUGUAAACUUUUAAAAGUAAGUUUACUAUUAUAAAUAGUUUUUUUAUUAUCAUAUUACUUGAUCUAGGCAUUUGUAGUUUUAAUCAUUUUAGUUGAAACUGUCUCUCCUUUUCUAUUUAAAACUUACGUAAAGUACUUUAUAAAUGUUUUUAAAAUACAGGGUUAAAUAAUUUAUUCAAAAUAUUAUGAGGUAUUCUGUACAUUCGGUUUGGUCUGAUUAUAUAGUUGGUGCUAUUUAUUUUGAAAGUGCAUAUAAACAUAGUGAUGAUUGAGAUCAUUUUAUUGAUAGGUUAUUGCAUUUAAAAUUAUAUUGUCUAAAUAAUAAUAUGUGGUGUACACUUAAUAAUUAUAAAAUAUACUGUAAAUAUAUUUAUUUCAAUUUGUCCAUCACUUGUCUGAGCAUUUGGUUGCAAAGAGCUGCAUAGGGAUUAAGUUCAACGAGCUGGAAAAUAAAAUUAUCUUUUAAUGUA